CUCAUUUAACUAGAGAUUUUUACAGUUAAUAUUCAUUGUUUUGUUUCUCCCAAUUUUCUCCUUCGCCGCGUUUCUCCUCCGCCGUCUGGAACAUCGGUAAGCUCCACCACCGUCGUCCUUACCCGUGCUCUUCCAUCGAAGGAGGUAGAGAGAGAGCUGGUGAGCUCUCCGAUUAUGCAAGUGGAAUAGAAGGGAGGGAUUUCGAAGGCUGAAUUAGGAGAGUGAGUUUUGAAGAUGGAAAACAGAGAUGAUCCUGGGAAGCAGGAUGACAAUCAGAAACAGAAGAAUGCAUCAUUUGUUGUGAAAAUACCUUCUUAUGAAGAAGUGGUUGAGAGUUCCCAACCUAAGUCGCAAUCUUUAUUCAAGCCUUCGCCCUCGUUUUCGCAAGCUUUUAACUUUAUAAAAAACACUGAAUUUUACGCCACCCCACCAUCUGUUCCAGUGGCUGAGCCCUCCGAGGAUGCCCCCUCAUCCUCUCAAGGAUCCAAUCAAAGGCUAACCAUUCAAUCUCAAGCUCCAUCCACAUCAGUUUCAUCAGCUGGUGCAAAUCGGAAUGCCAUCAUCGUUAGCCACAGACAGAAGGGCAACCCUUUGCUAAAACAUAUAAGGAAUGUUCGAUGGGUUUUCGCUGAUGUUGUUUGUGACUACUUGCUGGGACAAAAUUCAUGUGCACUAUAUUUGAGGAUUUAUUCUCAUGUCUUGUUCAGUCUACGCUAUCAUCUUCUACAUCCAGAUUAUCUGUAUUUCCGGAUAAGGGAACUGCAGAAAAAUUUCAAGCUUCGCGUUGUGUUAUGCCAUGUUGAUGUGGAAGAUGUUGCUAAACCUCUGCUCGAAGUCACAAAAACUGCACUACUCCACGACUGCACUCUUUUAUGUGCUUGGAGCUUGGAAGAGUGUGGUCGGUACCUGGAGACUAUUAAAGUUUAUGAAAAUAAACCUGCGGAUCUUAUUCAGGGACAAAUGGAUAUGGACUACAUAUCACGGUUAAAUCAUGCACUCACAUCAGUGCGGCAUGUCAACAAGACAGACGUCGUUACUCUUGGGUCUACGUUUGGUUCUCUCUCAAAUAUCAUGGACGCAUCAAUGGAAGAUCUUGCUCGCUGCCCUGGCAUUGGAGAAAGAAAGGUUAGACGCUUGCACGAUACUUUACAUGAGCCGUUCAAGCGUGCAGUUCCCAACCCUGCUGCACCUGUUGCUGAAAAUCCUAUCAAUAACGAAGGUGGACCCGCCUCUGGAAGCGAAAGAAACGAGGAAGUUAAGGAGAAUCAAGAGACCAGCAAAGAGCAUAAGAAAGAAGAAGAAAUCAACGUAAGAUCUGCCCUGAAGGCUGCGUUUGCCAAGUAUUCCAGCACCAGAGGAAGCAAGAGGAAGGCAGUGGUGCAGGCUGAACGGAAAGAGGGCGACGCCUGAUGAGCCAACGACGGUGAUGACUGUACAAGAUAAGUCUUUUUACUCAGUUAUGAUAUGGAGUUACCAUAAAAGCUGUUUUUAAGCUAUCAUAGUACUGUCGAUGCAUUCACGUCUGUAAGUUGUUUAGGUUGUUUCUGUGUUCUCUGCAAGAAAGCCUUAUGUUUGACAGAUAAGUUAACCAUUGUUCUCUGGAAAUGAGUUGAGAUA